AAUCAAUUAUCAAAGAAAAUUGUAUUUUUGGUAUAUUUGUCUGUAGAAAAUGACAUAUUUUGGUAUUCAGUUUGUGGUCACGCUGCCAACAACUCGCCUCCCCGCUCCUUUUCACUUUAGCGAGGCAAAAUUUGUCACAUUUCCUUGGCAAAAUUUGCAGUUAGUGAUUGAUCAUUAAAUCAUCUUGGGUAACGUCAAGACUAAAGCGUAACACAGCAGACAAAGUAACACUAGCAACAACGAAGCAAAAUGCCUAAGAAUAAGGGAAAAGGUGGCAAAAAUCGUCGUCGUGGAAAGAACGAAAAUGAAUUCGAAAAGCGUGAACUGAUCUUCAAAGAGGAUCAACAGGAGUACGCACAGGUGACCAAAAUGCUGGGCAAUGGUCGCUUGGAGGCAAUGUGCUUUGAUGGCGUCAAACGUCUGUGUCAUAUUCGGGGGAAACUUCGUAAGAAGGUGUGGAUCAAUCAGGGCGACAUCAUAUUGGUGGGUUUGCGUGACUAUCAGGACUCAAAGGCUGAUGUUAUAUUGAAGUACACACCCGAUGAGGCCAGAAAUCUGAAGACGUACGGUGAAUUCCCUGAAUCGGUGCGCAUCAAUGAGACAGUCACAUUCGUCGAGGAUGGCUUCGAUGAAGAUAUUGAGUUCGGCGAUGAGAUCAGUUCAGAGGAUGAUGCUGAUUCCGUUGACAAUAUCUGAUUAACAAAAAAUAGAGAAGCAACAUCGGGGGCGAUAGCAGCAACAACAACAACAACAAUAACAGCAACAACAGAAGCAUCAGCCGAAGAAGUAGGGAAUUAAACAAAUUUGUAAAAAGCCGACAACAAAACAAAAACCAAUCUCCCUUCACCACAAAAAAAAAAUAAACAAAUAAAUAAACAUCAACACUCACACCUUCCUUAAACACUCACAAAUUCACACGGACAAGCUUCGAGGAAAGAGACUAGAGAGCAAUACAUCCUGUGCGGCAUUAGUAACAACUGCAAGCGAGAAAAGGAAGUGACAAAUCCAUUAUUGAAUUCAGCAAUAAAUCUUUAACAAAUUUAGCGUUAUUCUUCGACAAAUUUCAAAACUUUCUUUUAUUAUUCGGAUGCCAAAUUUCAAUAGUUCGCUUUUCAUCCAUCAAUGUUCAAUUAUGAAAUGAAGUCAACAACACCAAGUAGAUCUUGUUAUAAAACGAAAAUGAAAAAGCAAAAACAAAAUAUUGAAAAUUGAAAACAAAGCAUCAUUACGAGACACAAACAAUAUAUUAUUUGAAUUAAAAACACAAAAAAAGAAAAGAAAAAAAA